UAUUUACCAGAAUGCUUAUAUUCAAAAGUAUAAUAGACGAUCUGACCACUCUUGUUUCUUUAAAGCUGACACUUUCAACUUCAAACACAUUCUCUGUUGCAAAUUUCUCAACAUGCUUUAUAGUUAAACCCCAGUUUUUGAAUAUGGCACCUAUUAAGAAUUUUAAUUUUUAG